GAUUCAGAAAAUACAUUAACGACAAGAGGGACCUGGAAUUGAGCUCCAGUAGCCAAGACCCCACAUGGCUGGAUGACUCUGCUUUUUUGGCGGUGAUGGAUUUGGGAGAAGAACCAGGCAGGUCCAAGAAGCCGGAGCCUGAGGCAUCCUCCACCCAGGCCUCUUCCAGUGCACAGUCCUCCUCCACCUCACAGCUGCCCGUCACCAAAGUGCGCUCUCCCACGAAAGCGUCCUCCUCCAAGGCAACCUGCUCCAGCCAGCCAUUGUCCUCCGUCCAGGCCUCUUCCUCCACCCAGCAAUCUUACGCCUCUCGGGCACCUACCUACACAUCUUCUCCCUUCAAGGAGCCUCUGCCCGGCACCUCAGUCAAGAUGAAGUCACCUUUGUCCACUGGCGGCACCUCUUCUGUGGAGUCCUCUCAAGGCAAAUCCCCUGUUGAGCUGGAGGGUUGGGUGCGUCUGUGGGAAAACCCCAAUGGCAUCCUGUCAGCUGACAUUUCCUGGCUCAAAGAGGACACCGAAAGAGGGAUGUUCACACCUGUUCAAACCUACAGAGACCACACUGGACACCUGAAGAGGCGACGGGUGAUGAAGUCAGACCGCAUGUGGUUUUACCCACCAGAGCGUCCUGGCUACGUCGGAGGUUCCCCGCCAAACCUGGACCUCUUUUUCCGCGGCCGUGUCUUUGUGUGGCGUCCCGUUGGAGUGUGGAGAUGCUCCCUGAAGUGUCCCCGAGGUGAUGCGUGUGUGGGAGCAGGACAGAAUGUUCACCUCUACAAGUCUGGCUACCACCACCGGGUACGUCACAUCUGCGACGUGUCCAACUGGUACACGAUGCUGACAGAGGUUCUGUGUUGAGGACCGUGCACAAAGGCAGCCAGGAGUGGAAGAGGUGGCACGAUCGGUCGGUGGCUUGCAUGGGAUCCUGCUAUUCUGUCACAACUUAGCGAGGCUCAUCAAGCCAUGUUUCUUGCCAUUCUUACCACCAAGUGAGUAUAUGGCACAUUGUGUGUGUGUGUGUGUGUGUUUAUUUUAAAUCCUUUAAAAACAGUAGCUCAAAUUCAGCUCAAAAUAUUGACGGUGCCUCUGCUUACAGGCGCGGUGUGGACAGGAAUGUCGUGCGCCUUUUGAGGGACCGGACUGAAGGAAACACUAUGGUCAAGGUGUGGCGGCAGAUACAGGAAAAUCAUGUUGAGGAGUACCUUCAAUGCAAGGACCUCUACACCACACUCCUCAUGACUUUAGUGGAACCCGGAGGGAUCGUCUCCGCUUUAAAGCACACCUUCAAGGCACCACCUCCUCAAAGAGAGAUUCCUUCUGCACGUCUCUUGCGCCACGCCUUCCUGCUGGCCGAGGCUGACAAUG